GUGGAAACUUGCGUCAUCUGAUAGUUGAGGCAUGUAUUGCUAGAAACCUAUUGGACACCUCAGUGUAUUUCUGGCCGGGCUAUGUGAGUGGACUUGGCAACCAAGUACCUCACAGUGUGCCUGCUCAAGCUCCUGGUUGGUCAUCAUUCAUGAGGGGGGCACCACUUACUCAACUGAUGAUAAAUGCUUUAGUUUCAACUCCUGCUUCAAGGGUUAAGCAACUGAAUUUAAGCUCAUGGAUUUGAUGGAAGCUUAGCAGAGCUCGAGAAAAUUUUUGAGAUUGCAGUCAAUGGAUCAGACGAUGAGAGGAUAGGUGCUGCUACAAUUCUUUCUGGGGCCUCUUUGACUUGUGGGUGGAAUAUACAGGAACACACCAUUUAUUUUGUAACUAGACUUUUGUCCCCACCUGUUCCUGCCAAUUAUUCUGGGAGUGACAGCCAUUUGAUAGAUUAUGCUCCAAUGCUGAAUGUCCUCCUUGUUGGAAUAGCAUCCGUUGAAUGUUUUCAGAUUUUCUCCCUACAUGGCUUGGUUCCUCAACUUGCUGCUUCAUUGAUGCCAAUCUGUGAGGUAUUUGGGUCUUCUGUCCCCAAUGUCUCAUGGACUCUUACAUCAGGAGAUGAAAUCUCUGCCCAUGCUGUCUUUUCAAAUGCAUUUGCGCUUCUUUUGAAGCUAUGGAGAUUUAAUCAUCCACCUCUUGAACAUGGAGUGGGAGAUGUACCACCUGUAGGAACCCAACUAACUCCUGAGUACCUCUUAUCGGUAAGGAAUUCACACCUGGUAUCGUGUAAAAACAACCACCAGGAUCAAAAUAAGAGGAGACUCGCAGCCAUUGCAAGUUCAUCAUCUCCUGAACCAAUAUUUGUGGAUUCAUUUCCAAAAUUAAAAGUAUGGUACCGGCAGCAUCAAGCAUUUAUUGCUUCAACGCUCUCGGGUCUUGUUCCUGGGACCCCUGUCCAUCAGAUUGUUGAUGGACUUCUUAACAUGAUGUUCAGUAAGAUUAACAGAGGAAGCCAGACUUUUACUACUGUAACAUCUGAAAGUAGUAUUUUGUCCAGUCCCGGAAGUGGAGAGACUUCUUUAAGGCCCAAAUUACCUGCAUGGGAUAUCCUUGAAGCUGUUCCUUUUGUAGUUGAUGCUGCUCUAACUGCAUGUGCACAUGGAAAUCUGUCUCCUCGCGAAUUCUGUACUGGACUUAAAGAUUUAGCUGAUUUUCUUCCUGCAUCUUUGGCAACCAUUGUAAGUUACUUCUCAGCUGAAGUAACUCGUGGUGUUUGGAAACCAGUUUUCAUGAAUGGAACGGAUUGGCCAAGUCCUGCUGCAAAUCAAUCCAAUGUUGAGGAACAGAUCAAAAAAAUUCUAGCUGCCACUGGUGUUGAUGUUCCAAGCCUUUUUGCAGGGGGAAGCUCUCCAGCUACACUUCCGCUGCCCUUGGCUGCCUUUGUGAGCCUCACUAUAACCUACAAACUUGAUAACGCCUCGCAACGUUUUCUGAAUCUGGCUGGCCCAGCCUUGGAGUCCCUUGCAGCAGGUUGCCCAUGGCCAUGCAUGCCGAUUGUGUCUUCCUUAUGGAGCCAAAAGGCAAAACGCUGGAGUGAUUAUCUUGUCUUUUCUUCCUCACGUACUGUCUUCCUCCACAACAAUGAUGCAGUGGUUCAGCUUCUCAAAAGUUGCUUCACUGCCACUCUUGGCCUGAAUACCACCUCUAUCUCAAGCAAUGGCGGUGUUGGAGCUCUUCUUGGCCAUGGAUUUGGAUCUCAUUUUUAUAGUGGGAUCUCUCCAGUUGCUCCAGGGAUCCUAUAUUUACGUGUUUAUCGAUCAAUCAGAGAUAUCAUGUUUUUGAGAGAAGAGAUUGUUUACCAAUUGAUUCAAUCCAUGAGAGACAUAACAUGCAGUGGGCCAAAAAGCAGAAUGAGAUAUGGUCAUGUUUCACUUGCUACAGCAAUGACCAAAGUAAAACUAGCUGCUUUGCUAGGGGCUUCUUUGGUGUGGUUAUCUGGUGGAUUGGGGCUAGUUCAAUCAUUGAUAAAAGAAACACUGCCUUCUUGGUUCAUAUCUGCUCACCGAUCCGAGCAGGACCAGUGUUCAGGAGGGAUGGUUGUAAUGCUUUGGGGAUACGCACUAGCUUACUUUGCUUUGCUUUGUGGAGCUUUUGCUUGGGGAGUUGACUCAUCCUCAUCAGCAUCAAAGCGUCGUCCAAAAAUUCUUGGGUACCACAUGGAAUUUCUAGCAAGUGCCCUUGAUGGGAAGAUAUCACUUGGCUGUGAUCCGACCACUUGGCGAGCCUAUGUGUCGGGCCUUGUGAGCCUGAUGAUUGGUUGUACACCAACUUGGGUGUUGGAAGUGGAUGCAGAGGUACUAAAAAGAUUAAGUAAAGGAUUGAGACAAUGGAAUGAGGAGGAGCUUGCUCUUGCUUUACUGGGGGCUGGUGGGGUUGGGACAAUGGGCGCAGCCGCUGAACUGAUCAUUGAAAAUGAGUUAUAGUUUUUUUUUCCUCUUAUUUUUUCCCUUGGAUGCAAAAUUUUGUAGGUUCAUGAUUGUAAUUUGUAGGAUGUUAUACAAUAGUUUUCAUACAGAAACUUUGUGCAGAAUAAGGUUAGAAAAUCUAUCUCAUUCAAAAAUUUUGCUUUCGGAAUAGCAAGUUCUGAUCUAAAUCAGGAACUUUGGUACUGGAUUAUAAUCCCAACCUGUAUGUACCGACUUUUAUUUUACAAAAACUUGACUUGGGAACAUAU